ACAAAUGACGUCAGGCAUUAGCAUAAACACAAACCUAGCCAGCCAUUUUACCAUAACUUGAGGACGAUCUGUGUGACAAUUUAUAGUUUUAUUGGAAUACUUUAAAUACAUGAAGGCUUAAAAAUGAUACGAAGGACAUAUUUAUAUUUAUUGUGUUUAUUUUUAACAGAAUACGUUAUUUGUAUGUCUGAACCUAAUAUCCAUGAUCCUGUAAUUGUAUCUCGAAUAAAGAACAAGCGAGGUGUUCCUGUGUUCCGUGGAACGAUUUUAGAAAAUGAAAGUUCAGUUCAGUUGGAUCAGCCGUUACAGGCUACUGAUGCUGAUGAAAUGGGUGGAGCAAAAAUUAUAUGUGGAUACAGAACUCUAUCAGCCAAGCACAACUGUCCGUUUACAGUGCAAAUGAUAGACAGAAAAAAGGGUACAGCUGAAAUAAGAUUGAAAGAAGGACAAAAAUUGAAUUUUGAGAAGAGAAUAAGAUAUAAAUUCUCAGUUGUAGCUUAUGAUUGUGGAGAGAUUGCUAGAGAAUCAGACAGGGCUGUUGUUUACGUAAAAGUUUUAGACGUAGAUGAAUUUUCACCAAAGUUUGAGAAAACCAAUUUGUUUGCUGAUUUAAGAGAAGGAAAGGUUUACGAUUCUCUUGUUAAAGUUCAAGCAAUAGACCAAGACGAAUCACAACAAUAUGGGAAAAUCUGUUCAUAUGAAGUUAUCACACCAGGAGUGCCAUUCUCAGUUGAUAAUGAGGGAACUGUUAAGAAUACAAGAGCAUUAUACUUUAAUGAAAUGCACAGUUACAUUAUACAAGUGGUGGCCAAAGAUUGUGGAGGAAAGAAGUCCAAACCAAUCUCUAUCAAUAUCAGGGUCAAGGAAGUCUGUAAAAAUGGAUGGAAAGAUUUUCCAUCAGCAAUGGAAUAUUUACCCCAGUCUGGAGCCCAGAAGAUAGCCCCUAAUGCCCGUCUGGAUUGGUGUGAUGGCUGUGUACCAGAGAAAGUCAGCCUAAAGAUGCAUCUAGCUACCAAACAUAUUGGUAAAGGGUGUGAUAGAGACACCUACUCUAUAGCUUCUCAGAGGAAACUCUGUGGUGCCAGUGGUGAGAGUAUAGACCUAUUACCAUCUCCAGGUGUGGGAACAGGAUGGACUAAAAAUCUACCCACUGACGAUGGCAAGGAGAGUGACCAGAUCUUCUACUUUGAUGGGAAGACAAAUGCUGUAGAGGUCCCUAAGGCUUCAUUUAACCACACAUUACACAAACAUUUUACCAUCUCUACAUGGAUGAAACACACCUUUUCAGAAGACACAGAAGCAAAGAAGAAAGCACAAAAAGAACAUAUUUUAUGUAACAGUGAUGGGGAUGGAAUGGACAGACACCAUUAUUCCAUGUUUGUUCAUGGAGAGAAAUUUGUCUUCUUACUGAGGCGUGAGGCAGAGGACGAAACAGAUAUGGAUGUGUUUAAACCAGCUGAGUGGAGGUGGCACAUACCACAGAUCAAUGAUAACCAGUGGCAUCAUUAUGCUGUCAGUGUGGACUUCCCUGAGGUUAGAUUGUAUAUUGAUGGCAUGCUACUGAUCCCUGAUACAUCUAAUGAGGAAAUCUUAGAUGACUGGCCAAUCCAUAGUUCUAAGAAAGUCCAUUUUACAAAACUUGUGGUCGGAGCCUGUUGGCAAGGAAAAGAAAAUGAAUUUGGUAAAUAUUUCCAUGGAUAUUUAGCUGGUUUGUCUAUACUGAAGGAUAAAACAGAGAGUGAAAGAGUAAUCAGAUGUUUAAAUGACUGUAAAGAAAACUUAGAAUUCCAUGCUCUGUCAGAAAUGGAAAGUGGAACAUCUGUAAGCUUCAACAGUGAAAUGACAGAGUUUAGUAUUACCAGUCAUAAUAUUACUGAGGUAGAAAGACUACUGCAUGAAGUAUCGUAUAUCAACUCCAGACGGUAUCCUACACCUGGCAGACGUAAUGUGGAUAUGAGGACUUCUAUCUUAUGUAAAGAAAAAGAGACAAUCCUACCUCUGUCUGAGAGUUACAUAAUGGUACAACAAUCUACACAACCAACCCUCACCAUCCAAGGAAAGUCAAAUAUAGAUGCUUCGGUCAAAGAUCUUAAAGCUGGACACAGAGUGUUUGAAGAUAUUGGCAUCAAUGUCGACAUGCAUAUUCAAGGUGACUUUGUGGAUGAAAUCUUGGAUGACGGGAAUAAUGCCGUUCAGGAUGACUUAGAUAAUUUAAAUUAUAGAGCUAAAGCUUAUAAGUUGCAGAAGAAAUUAGAGAAAAAAUUACAAUCACAAAAAACUGUACCAGAUGAUGCCUUGUUACUGGACAGAUGUACAAUUAAAGCCGAGCCUCCACUUGAUUUCCACGUAGAACAUAUGACGGUCCCUGUAGAUAUUAUGACACAAUUUAACAUGAAAUUAGAAUCCAGUGAAACUAACAGUGGAUUACAAAUAACAAAUGCUGACAAGAUGAAGAAUUACGAGUUAGUCCUCCAAGGUGUGACCUAUGUCCAUAGUAAUGCUGAAAUGUUAAGCAGCAGAAAGUUUGUACUCAGCUGUUCAUCACAGAAUGGUAGAUUCAUAAGCAAUGAUUUCCUCAUUAAGGUUGUAGCCAUGCACCAGGAACCCAUCCAGCAUGUAGCUGCACAUGCUGAGAAAUCUGUGCAACAUGUUCAACAGUCACAGCACAUGAACAUGCCUGUUAACUCUAUGGGCAUGGUCAAUAGCUCUUCUCCAAAUGUUGGUAUGGUAGCUAUCAUUGUUGUGUGUGUUGGUUUCCUGAUGUUUAUGAUUAUCUUGGGUGUAAUCAGGAUAAGAGCUACACAUAGGAAGACACAAGUCGUACAAGUAGAAGACAAAUUAGAUAUGGAAUGGGAUAAUACAGAACUAAAUAUCACAGAAAACCCAAUGGAGAAAGAGGUAUUUGAUUAUGAAGAAGAAGUCAGAAAGCCAUUACAGGAUGACAGUGAUUCAGACGAUGACAUCAGUAGUUACCAUGACAACAGCGAUAGCUCGGGUGAGGAGGAGGAAACAGAAAGAAAACAGAAAAUGGGCGACUUAGAGUGGGACGAUUCUACAAUGUCCAUUUAAAUACUGUUACAUUGUUUUGUUGAACUGUUAUCAGCAUAUUGAGAAAUUUGUAAUCUUUCUUUUUAAACCAUGUGAAAGUUUUAUUAUUAUAUAAUUUGUUCACUUUUUGGGCAUUGGGUACAAAAACGAACAAAGUGCACAAUUUUUGUUGAAGUUUAACGGUAAGCUGUUGGAUUGUUUUUUACAAUUAAGAUAAGAUUAUGUGAAGGUCAGUUGAAAAAAAUGUCCUAUAUUUAGCAAUGAACUUGUUUUGAAUGAUUAAUGGUGCUUAUUGUUUGUACUUAUUCACAACUAUUUUAUUCAUUCAAACAAUUCAUGUUAAAUUGGAAUGAAAAGGAAAUAAAUUCUUUGCCAUAUGUAUUUCAAAACAUCCUUGGACAUAACUCGUUGACAUUUCAAUUUUUACUAUGGUUUACAUUGUCAAAAUGAUAAAUCAGGAACAAAUUUAUUUGCCAGAGUAAAAUAAUGGUGGAAAAUAUCUACAAAGGCAUAAUGCUAUAUGUAUAGUGUUAAAUAUUUUAUGCUUUCACACAAUGGUUUUAUAAAAAAGAUUUUUGGGAGGGGGAGGGACAAAUUUGAAUUGUUUUUAUAAAGAAUAUUUUUAUCAUUCAUUUUUAUACAUUUCAUAAAUCAUAAUUGAAUCAUAAAAUAUAUAUGUGUUGCACAUCAUUAUAUGUUACAAUAGAAAACUCGCUUGUACAUAUGCUUUCUUUUCAAAGCACACACUAUGAUAACGCCUGUAUUUGGUCUAUUUUCAGGUGCACCUAUUUUCACAACUUAUGUCCAAAGCUCAUUAAAAGUUCUCAAAUAUUGUGAAUUUCAAUACUUAUUUAAUGUACUACCCUUGAAAAGAACUUUUAAUUAAGAAUUUUGUGAAAUGAAAACUGCUAAAACAAAACAAAAUACAAAGAAGUUUUGGAUAUGUUUUAGACUGAGUUUUAGAUAGAAUCAUAUGAAGCAAACACAUCAGUUUUGGAAAUGAAAUUGUACACUACCAAAUUUAAGAAUGAUGGUAACAGCAAAGUCAGAGAUUAGCUCUUAUAUGGUUUGAACAAAGUUCCACAUGUAUAUAAAGAGACUAUCGAUAGGAUAAGGUUGAUCUUUUGAAUUUUUCAGCGGAAAUUGUAUUUUUCACAGUUUGUGCUUUGAAAAUUUGUACAUUAGAGAAACAGAGAGUACAAUUAUCUAUAUAUCAUUUUAUUUAUUAUAGUGCUUUAAUUUUUUUUUGUAAAUACUUAUUGUUCAGAGUAUGACUGAUAAAUAUUUGUAAAUUGUCUGUUUCACAUAUGAUUUGUCUGUUGAGGAAGGGGAAAUAAUGCUGCAAAAAAUUCUACGUGUAAAUUACAUGUUUAUUUAUAUCAUUUAGUAUUCAUUGUUAAAGAUGAAUACUUAUAAGGACUGUUGUGUGUUUAGUCAAAGGCAUUUGACAUUGUAAGAACUCCAUAACUAGUCAGUGAAUCACUUUAUAAAUAAAUAUUAGUUAUAUAUUUUAUCAAUUUAAGAAAAUGAUUUAAUAUUUAAAUAAAAGGCAAAUAUAACUUCAAGACAACAGUGCUGAAAACUAACUGAUACCUAUUUAAAAAAACAGUGAACCAGUAAUUUAACUUUUGAAGGUAUGACAACUUAAAAAAAAAAAGUUGAUUACAUAAUUAUAAAUGGAAAUUAAAACAAAGAAGAGCACAGCAGCAUAAUGUUUUCAUCAACGAUUUUUUUUAUUAUUGUUUUUAUCAUUGUUUCAUAACAUUUCCAAGUUUUUUCUUAUGUACAACGUAAGAAUUCAAUAACCUUUUUUCUUAAAGAUGGGUGAUCACUUAAACAGUAUCAAUAUAACUGAAAAUGAUGGGUGUUAAACAAUUUAACUCUGUUAAAUUUACAAUAUAUAGUAAUUACGGUUGUAGCUCAAAUCCUCUUGGAGCUCUUAUGCUUAUAAAAAUAUCAAAACCUAUCCUAACACUCAUAAAGAAACAAAUCAACUAUUGAUAUAAGAACAACAUAACUAAAGCACUUCAUUUGUGUUUUUUUCGAUCACGUUGAUUAUAAAAAGUACAAUCUAAAAGUAAGAUUUAAAAUCCCUGUAUAGAUUAAACUUUUAUAAUAAUAAAUUUAAAUCAGAUGGGAAUGCUAUUUUUAGAUUUUAGUUUUGUUUUAAUUGCUCACUUAUCUCUCAGAAGCAAUGAGCGGCAAUCAAAAUUUUUAUCUUUUGUAAAUAAUUUCCAGGAACACAUUCCUCACAAAUGCAGAACUUGUUAAGGUGUAAAAUUAUAUAAAAAAGUUUAAUAAACAUAUCAAUUACUUUUGCUUUACAUUCCUAUGUUUUAUUGCUUCAUAGAUUUUAGAGCUAUUGAGGAGAAAAUUUGAUUAUAGGUAUUAUUGAACUUUAGAUAGUAUACUGCAUGCAACAAUGAAUUGUUUAGGAAUAACAAUAGAGACGGAUUUUGUAUAGAAGUGUGCAAUAAUUUUUCCAAUCUUUAUAAUGAAUUUUGCUAUAGGCAAAAUAAAAAAAAAAGUUGAAUUCAAAGAAAAAAAUAUUUCCACUUUGAAUAGAUAUAAGUAGAUAAUGUCAAUAUACUUUUAAACUGCAUUGAUCAGGAUAAACUAUCCAAUUUUUCUGACAUUAUUUUGUCUUGUUUUUUACUUCCUUAUAGGGACAACUUAGACUUGAUUGAAAUAAAUAACAUUUAUACAUAAAUCAUUGUUAAUGUGAUAAUUGUUCAGUGUUGUGACUUUUGUGUAUUUUUAUUUGUUUUGUGUACAUUGUUUUAACAGGUUGUUUGUAAAUAAAAUAUAACCACUGGCACAGUGGUGGGAUAAAAUUUGAUAUACUUACCAUAACCCAAUUUUUAACUUCUUCUAAUGAUGUUUUUAUUUUCUUAAACUAGCAUAAUGACUUUUAAAUUAAUGAAUUCCCGUUUUCUAAUUAUGAUAUAUUGUCAGUCACGCUAGUAGGCGAUUUAUUUGAUAAAAAAUGGAUAAAAAUGUAUACUGGCUUGACUGUUGAUGCUUAAUCAGAGUCAGAAAAAGGAAAGCUUUGGGAUUUACUUGAAAAAGUAUAAGCCAUACAAACAAAUUUUGUGAAAAGGAAUUUUCAUUUUAUUUCCUUUCUUGUGCAAUAUAUAGCUUAAUACAAAACUGUUUUUAUCUUAAAAUGAAAGACACUUAAUUCAUUUUAGAAAGCAAGAGUUAGCUCCCAUUUUUGAUGAGUCAUGGUUACAUUUUAUAGCAUAAUGUGCAGAAAUGUCUUUCAGUUGCUUUGUCACAACUUAAUCAUAGAGACAUUUGUUUUGAAAAGUUUGUUUGUUUUAAGCAGAGAAAACAUUAAAAAGUGGAAAUAUUCCAGAGCUUUCUAUUGAAUUUAAAUACAUGCACUAAUAUACUUCCUAAACCUGUGUUAUAAUAAAAACUUAAAAAUAGUUGAUUACACUAUUAAUUUCAGAUUUGUAAAACUAACACUUCUGUUUUCUGUCUUGAAAGAUGAUACCAAAUUAUUUGUGACAUUUAAGUUUCUCUGUGUUUAAGGUAUAAGGUUCCUUCAAAAUCUGUGUUUCAGAUUUAAUUUUUUACUUGUUAGAUUUUAUCCUUGUACCAAAUAAAGUACCAAAUUAUAGAAAAACCUCAUUGGAAAUUAUAUAAGAUAUGUCUAUUUUUACAGUAAUAGGUGCCAGCUAUUUUUGUUACUGGUCAAGUUAUUUUAUUUUUAGCUUACAAAUUGCCAUAAUGAAAUAAAUGUUUUUUUGAAGACAGUUUUAUAGCCUUCUUUCUGUUAAUAUUUUAAAAUAAGUUAUCUACCUCCCCAAUACUUGUAAAAAGCUAGAGAUAUAUGAUUACUUUCAAGCUGUAUUGAUUUGAAUUGCUGUAGAGCAACAAUUGAAAAUUUUAAGUGGACAAAACCAAGCCAUGACCUCUAUGUUACUAACAUGAUUGAUUUUAUAAGCCUGUUCAAUUCGUUGUAGGGAAAAAUUUCAGAUCAAUAUAGUUUAAUUUAUUUGAGAGGUUAAUUCUUUUACUAAAUAAUGAUAAUGAUGAAAUUCAUUAUUUAAAAUUAUAUUUGAACUGUUUCAAACAAUGAAACAUGUACAUCAAGAAACAGUACUUUUAAAUUAUUUUGAUAUUGAUUUUGGCCAAAAUUGCUCAAUUGGCCUCUUUCUUUG